AUGAGGACCAGACGAUCCGCUUGCCUACCAGCGCCUUUGAGCACGCUACUGCUGGCCCUCACUGCAGCAUGCUCUGUUUACGCCAACCUCCAGCCGUUCCAGCCUGCUGAGACAGCCGCCAUUGUCGCAAAGCGGCAGCAAGGAUGCCUCUCCAACUUUUACAGCUGCGCGAACCAAGGUCCCGCAUUCAACGGCGUCUGUUGUCAAAACGGACAGACAUGCGGCCUAGACGCUAACAAUGAGCCGGCGUGCUGUCCAGCUGGCGCUAUAUGUACCGGCACCGCACCCGCAAGCUUCGUCACCCCCGUCCCGGCAGCCACGACCGCCGUGUCCUACGUCGCGAACAACUUCUUCUCGUUCCCCUAUGUCGCCACCUACUUUGCCAACAGGGAGCACUGCUCGGCCGCUGCCAGGCAGUGCGAUGCCAACCACGAGGCAUGCCAGUCGCAACUUCAGGGCCUUGCCGGCGGGGCAGGAUAUGCCGUCACCAUCGCCGUUCCGGGCGGGGGAGGCACGACUGUGACGGCUGCGGCUGGGGUCACUUAUGAGCCUGCUCGGGCGACAAGCAUAUGCAGCAGCUUGUCCAGCGUGGCGUGCAACGGGCUUCAGGCUAGCAUGUGCACGAUGGAGGGGACAACCGCAAACGGCUUCUACUUUGGGUCUGGGAAUGCAGCCCCAAGACCCACGGCUGCUGCGAUUGGUGUUGUCGGUGCUGUGGCGGCCGGCGUGGCAGGGCUCAAUCUCAUGAACGGUUUCUAAAUAGGCAUAGAUUCGGCGGUGGAGUCGGUCUUUUGUGCUGAGUUGCCAUGGGAUAGCAAGCAAGGGCGUUGAUGAUAUGUAUUUGGACAAUGUGUCUUGCAACGAAAUGAGCAACGACGUGGAAUACCCGAGUUAGAAAACUUGGCUCAAAGUCUCGCUGGAAAGAGAAAGUAUCUUGUAACAUGCAGGCGGUCCUGAAAGGGCCCAAUA